AUGGUACACAAUAAAGUCACUAUCAUCGGUUCAGGCCCUGCUGCUCACACUGCCGCUAUCUAUUUGGCCAGGGCAGAGAUGAAACCAAUUCUAUACGAAGGUAUGAUGGCUAAUGGUAUUGCUCCAGGUGGACAGUUAACUACCACCACUGAAAUUGAAAACUUCCCUGGUUUUCCCGAAGGACUUAUGGGUUCGGACUUGAUGGAAAGGAUGAAGAAGCAGUCAGAGAGAUUCGGUACUGAGGUUAUUACUGAGACUAUCUCAAAGGUUGAUUUCUCCAGUCGACCUUUCAAAUUGUGGACAGAAUUCAACGAGGAUGCCGAGCCAAUCACCACAGAUGCUGUUAUCAUUUCCACUGGAGCAUCCGCCAAGAGGUUACACUUGCCGGGAGAGGAGAAGUAUUGGCAACAAGGUAUCUCUGCUUGUGCAGUCUGUGAUGGAGCUGUGCCAAUCUUCAGAAACAAGCCUUUGGCCGUUAUUGGAGGAGGUGAUUCUGCAUGUGAAGAAGCUUUGUUUCUUACCAAGUAUGGCUCAAAGGUCUUUAUGCUUGUCAGAAAAGAUCAUAUGAGAGCCUCGACCAUUAUGCGGAAAAGAGUGGAUCACAAUACCAAAUUGGAAAUCAUAUACAACACAGUCGGAUUAGAAGCUAAAGGUGACGGUAAGUUCUUGACGGCUUUAGGUAUCAAGAAUGUUAAGACUGGUGAAACCAAGGACUUAGCGGUUAAUGGCUUGUUUUACGCUAUCGGCCAUAAUCCAGCUACUGAGGUGUUCAAAGAUCAAUUGGAUACGGAUGAAACAGGCUAUAUUAAGACACAACCAGGAACAUCUCUUACUUCUGUUCCAGGUGUUUUCGCUGCCGGUGAUGUCCAAGAUAAAAAGUACAGACAGGCUAUCACAUCUGCCGGCACUGGUUGUAUGGCUGCUUUGGAAUGUGAGCACUAUCUCUCUGAGUUAGAUGUCUGA